UUGCAUGUUCAUCUAUCACCAGCAAGUUGUAAAGUUCCCAGAUUGGAAAAUGGUAGAGUAAUAUACAAUGAAUCGAACGGUGGCCAGUUGUUAUCAAAAAAAGAAGUUGAAUCCAAUCAAUAUGUAACUGUGGAAUGUGAGCGUGGGUUUAAUAUUCAGGGACCUUCACUUUUGCAUUGUUUUAGAGGAAAAUGGUCCGUCAGUAACUUUCCAAUUUGUAUUUCCUCGCCAUGUGUACUGCCGUACUCUGAUGUCAUAUUUUAUGAGGGAGGCUAUCGGGCCGGUUUGACAAUAGCUCACGAGAGUGAAAUAACCGCUCAUUGCAUAUCAAAGGUAAACAAAACAAUUUUGGUAACAUGCUAUCGAGGAAAAACUUGGCCCACAACCUUUAAUUGUUCAAAUCGUCUAAGAAAAUCAUCUGAUCAAUAUCCAAGCAAAGAUAAAUCUAUUGAAAGUUCAGAAAAAUCCCAACCGCCCUUGGAUAGUUUAAGCAAAACUAGCUUGAUCAAAAAUGAUAUUGUUGCGGACGUUCCUAGAAAAGCAAGAUAUUGUGGGCCUCCAAAUAAAGUAGAAGGAGCACUUGUUUAUAAGAACAAUGAAGAACCCGAAAACGAUGAAGGAUAUCCCAACGGUACGGAAAUAUUUUUUAACUGCAUUGCUAGUGUUUCGAAUGAAAGAAAUACUUGGAAAAUCAUUUGCGAAAAUGGUAAUUGGAUUGGACGUUCUUACAGCUGUGCAAAUGGAACAUGCCUCUUUCACAAUAAUGAACGGAACGUUGUAAGUUUUUAUAAUGAUUUGGAAAUAAGAGAAGACAUAGUUGAGUUUCCACCUGGUGCAACAAUAAUAUCAAGAUGUGCCGACAUUGGAAAAUAUGCAAUGGUGGGAAAUAAGGAAAGAACUUGUAUACAUUCUGAAUGGACAACAAAUCAGCCAACAUGCUUUGGAUUGAACCAGGAAAACGAUUAUGCAAUGGAAAAACCCCCAACUAUAUUAUUCCGCCACCAAAACGGACCAAUUGCACAAAGUAACGAUGGAAAACUUAUAGUUUAUCCUGGAACUACCCUGCACAUGGAGUGCCUUUGGAUGAGGAGGUUUGGAAAUCCCAAAUGGAAUGUAAGCAAUUCAUUUAGGACUUAUCCUGAAGGUUGGGUUACGGAUGCUGAUGAAGGUCGUGAUUCUAGCUUGGAGUACAGGCUAAGUAUCAUAGAAGCAACAGAAGGAGAUUCCGGAAUUUUUACAUGCCAAACUCCAGCUCGACACGAGCAUUCAAUUGAAGUGGUAGUCAAAAUAAUAUCAUGUCCUGCUAUUCCUGUGCGACGCGGAUUGAUUAUAAAUAUAAAUGACACGAAAAUGGGUUCCAGAGUAAAUCUUUCAUGUGCAAAUGGAAACUCCUUGAUUGGAGCUUCAGAAAUAAUUUGUCUUCCUAGCGGUAACUGGAGUGCUCCUCUGCCAGUUUGUGAGAGCAUUGAAUGCGGGGAUAUUAACAUGCAUAUAGAAAAUAAAAGUACUCCACGUGUUGCAGUUUUAUCCAGAGAAGUUGGAGGCAGAGCUUCAUUUUCUUGUUCAUCAGGGUAUGGACUACGAGGCCCAAUUGAAUCUAUUUGCUUGCCCACGGGUGAAUGGGCACUUCCUUUUCCAACAUGUGUCGAAGUUCAGUGUGAUGAUCCCGGUGCCCCGGAAAAUGGUUAUGCCCAAGGUUCAGCACCUUAUAGAGCAGGUGACGUAGUACAGCUUAAUUGUAAUCCAGAGUUCAUGAUGCAAGGGCAACCAAUAAUUGCAUGUCAGGACAGUGGAAGAUGGUCUGGUGGACUACCGAAAUGUGUCCAGGCAUGUUCGUAUCCUGGUACUGUCAUAAGUGGACGCAUGUCUUCAGUUAAAUUCUACUAUACCAUUGGGGAAAGUAUAACAUUUUCUUGUGACGUUGGAUUAGAGCUUCGAGGAGCAACUAUGGUUAAGUGUUUAAAGAAUGGAAAAUGGUCUAAUGCAAUCCCAACGUGUAUUAGUUUGGAAACUGUCAAUAAAAGCCGAAUGCUUUCGAAGGAUUAGUGAUGAUACAACCACACGUUUUAAGUCUUAUAACUUUUGAGGUUUUGUGAAAAAAAGUUAAGUAAUCGUACUGAAGAAGCAAGUUUUAUUCCACUUUUAAUAAGAAAGGAAGAUCACAAUGUGCUUUAAAGCAAAAGAUAUGACAUUAUAUCAAAAUACUUUUUUCCAGCAUAAAAUGAUAAAAUUAUUAGGAAUAGGGAACAUAGUUUUGAAUAUUAUAAUAUCGAUUCAACUAAAAUGUAAGAAUAAGACUCUGUUUUAAUAGGGAUAGUUGUUAUAUCUUAACUAAAAGUCAAGUCUUCUUCAUUGAAACAGCUAUGUAGUUUUAUAUAGAGACUGUUGUGUUAUUAAAAUAAAAUAUUGCCGGCUUCUGCUUUUAAGUUGGAAUUGCAGUUCUAUUUUUGGUUGGUAUCUUUAAGGUCAAUAUCUGUAUUAUUUGGUAAUUUUUGGUUUCAACCGAUUGGUUUUACAACGCUGUCAAAAUUCUUUAAUUGAAUUUUCAAAUGCAGUAAAAUUUCAAAUCAAUUCUAAUUGUUCAUUUAAUUAAAACUAUUAAUUUCUUUAAAACCGAUGUUCAAUUCGUUAAGACUAAUUAUUAAUUUGUCAUGUUUUUGGAAUAUUAAAUAAUAAAUCAGAUUAAAUAUAUUGACAGUAAAAAUUAUUAAAACCUGCAGUGUCUAUGACCAUAUGCAAUCUGUUAAAUAACUCAAGUUAGAUGAUAUCACAUGUGAUAAGUUAAAACUUCCUUAAAACUAUAUCAGUUUAUGUUUCAAUUAUUAUAUGUUAAAUUAUAAUGUUAAGCUACAAUGUUAAAACCCGGUGUUGUAUCUUAGAACAAACGGUCGGCAAUGUACAAUAAUACUUUUACUGAAUUGAAAUAUCUUUACAAAUUAUUAUAAAGCUGUUAAAAAAUAUUGUAAAAUUGAUACAAAUUUGUGUGUUACUUCCAUAUCAUAUGACAUUUAUUUAAUCUUUAUAAUGAACCGUUACUUAAACUUAAUAAAAAUCAAAUGUAAAGA